CUAACUGCCCUGGUUUUGAGGAACUAUCGGGGAAAGCAGCAUGUUAGCAAACACCCCGAGCACGGCCAGCCGCCGGCUGCCGGAGCCCCGCGCUCGGAGCGGGCCGUGAGCGGCUCCCGGGCACGCCGGACACACAGGACAGGCAGGGAUGGAGGCGAGGAAGAGCCGGUGACAAUGGAGCCCGGCUGCUUCAGCCCACCUCGUCCCCAGCCCUUGCCGACCCCCAGGACGAGCCGCUUUCUCCGCUCCAGGUGAUGCCAAAGCCACGGAGGAGACCAUGGCCAGGCGCGGUGCUGGGACACCCUUCCUGCCGCAGCUCUCCCUGCUCCUGCUGCUCCACCUGGGCGGGACAUUGGGCUGUGCCUCGGUGACUGUGAGCCCCCCCAUCGUGCCCCUGGGCUCGGCUGUCACGGCAUCCUGCACCGUCCAGAGAGAGCUCUGCCAAGGCUUGGAGCAGGGGAGGGUCAGGAUCAGCUGGAUGCUGGACAACAAGCCCGUGGCUGGGAGCCAGCGCCAGGGCCCGGGGGGCACAGAGGUGUCCAACCUCACCCUGCCCCGCUUCAACCACACCCAGGCCAGGCUGUUCUGCUGUGUGGAGUGGAAUGGGACCAAGCAGCGCAUUGGCAUGGCCGAGAUCAGGGCAGGCUACCCUCCUGCGAAGCCCCUCAACCUCAGCUGUGUCCUGAACCUCGAUGACUACGGGCUGACGUGCCAAUGGCAGCAGGGAACCAACAGCCACCUCCCCACCAGCUUCGUGCUGAAAUGCAUGGGGAGCAGAGCCCAGGCAGUGACGGGCUGCACCCCACGAGGAGGGCACAGCCACUGCACGGUGCCACGCCAGCUGCUGCAGCUGUACCGGCAAAUGGAGAUCUGGGUGUCUGCCACCAACGCCCUGGGCACGGCCGAGUCCGAGCACCUCCACAUCGACCCCAUGGACGUGGCCAAGCUGGACCCCCCAACCCUGCAGAGCAUCCAGUCCAUCCCCUUCCAGACCGACUGCAUUGCCCUGGCCUGGGACUUGGCGUGGGGCACAAAGCACAUGGAGCUGCAGUGUGAGCUGCGCUACCGGGCACCCGAGGACCCUGCCUGGGCCCUGGUCAGCGGCAUCAUCGGCCAGGCGGGCACGGCGCAGCGCUGUGGUUUCCUGUUCGGCACGCAGUACAGCUUCCAGAUGCGCUGCCGGCGCAGCUCAGCCUCGGCACUGGGCUCCUGGAGCGAGUGGAGCCCGGUCAGGAACUACACCACCCACGAGAAAGCCCCCACAGGGAAGCUGGAUGCGUGGUGGGGGGCUCAGCUGGCUGGGGGGCGGCUGGAGGUGCAGCUGCGCUGGAAGGCCCCACGGCAGCGGGAGGCCAACGGGCGAGUGCUGGGCUACUGUGUGACCCUGAGCCCCCGGAGGAGGGGCAGGGACCCCCCCAUCAUCUGCAACACCACCCGCACCCAGUGCAACUUCUCGGUGCCCGCGGCCACCAGGAGGGUCUAUCUGUCAGCCUACAACGCCGCCGGCGAGUCGGCACCGACCGAGGUGAUCCUGCUGGAGAGGACAGGUCAGCCCCUGGCUGGGCUCCGGGCUGUGCCCGGGGGUGAGCGCAGCCUCUGGGUGCACUGGGAGGCACCGCUGGCCCCAGUGACCGCCUAUGUCCUGGAGUGGCAGCGGGUGGCAGCAGAGCCUGGGCACUGCAGCGUGUGCUGGCAGAUGGAACAUGACGGGGCAGCCACCACAGCCCUUAUCCAGGAUGGCAUCGAGCCUUUCCAGCGCUACAGCAUCUCACUGUACCCCCUCUACGAGGGCACUGUCGGGGUGCCCAUCCACACCACAGCGUACUCCCAGCAGAAGGCACCAUCCCAUGCCCCCAAGCUUCACCUGAAGAGGAUCAGCAAGUCAGAGGCCGAGCUGUGCUGGGAGCCACUGCCAGUGGAGGUGCAGAACGGCUUCAUCACCAGCUACACCAUCUUCUGGGCCAGCAGCAUCACCAGCACGGCCAGUGCCACCGUGAAUCCUUCCCUCAACUCCUUCGCCAUCCGGGGGCUGAAGCCAUCCACCCUGUACAAGGUGCACAUCAUGGCAUCCACGGCUGCUGGCAGCACCAACGGCACCAGCCUGACCCUGGUGACCACAGUGCUGGAUGACACCGAGAUCCAGUUCCUCUUCCUGAGCCUGGGGCUGGUCUUUGUCGGGCUCAUGGUGUUGCUCAUCUGCUUCCAGAAGAACGAGCGGAUGAAGGAGCAGCUCUGGCCCAGCGUCCCCGACCCCGCCAACAGCAGCCUGGGCAAGUGGGUGCCGGCAGCGCUGCCGCAGGAGCCGCUCCAGAGCCUCGCCGCGAGGGAGCCCGGCCCGGCCGCCAUCUCCACGGUCACCGUGCUGGAAGGGGAAGCGGGCAAGCAGCCGGGGAAGGAGCACCCGUGCCUGGCCGCCGCCCCCCCGGCGCUGCCGCGGCCCUACGUGCGGCAGGAGGGUCCCGGGGAGCCGGUGCAGUACGCGCGGGUGGGCGGCGCGGGGUACCGGGGGCAGCGGCUGCUCCCCGAGCCCGCUCCCCGCUUCUACGAGAACCUGCGGGGCCGCGGCGACGGCGGCGGCGGCGGCAGCGGGGACUGGGCGUUCCUGGAGGAGCCCCCCGCCACCUUCCCGCUGCUGCAGGGGCUCCGCAUCGGCGGCGCCGAGGAGCUGCACGAGUGCCGGGCGGACUAGCGCGGGAUGGAGCCGGGCAGCGACACCGGGUCCGCCAGUGGGAUGGAGCCGGGCAGCGACACCGGGUCCGCCAGUGGGAUGGAGCCGGGCAGCGACACCGGGUCCGCCAGUGGGAUGGAGCCGGGCAGUGACACCGGGUCCACCCGCGGGGCUCCAGCCGCACC